GGCGGCGCCGCGCUCGGACCGGGCGGGAGGAAAUUAAAAUGCACGCAGUGGUAAACACUGGAAGUAAAGGAGUGGCUGCUUGGGCUGCAGGUCUGGUUCCCUCAUCACGUCUCGUGCUUCAUUGAGUCAUGCAGAGUGUUGUCCUGAGCUGACCUCCCACGUGGAGCACUCCUUGGAUGACAGCAGUGUGUGGAGACGCCGCACCUCCGUUCCCUUCCUGUUCCUGGCUCCAGCCCUCCAUCCCUGCAGUACAUGUUACCAUGGCGAUGACUGCAGGGACUACAACAUCCUUUCCCAUGAGUAACCACACCCGGGAGAGAGUGACGGUGGCCAAACUCACACUGGAGAACUUCUACAGCAACCUGAUUAUACAGCAUGAGGAGAGGGAAACCAGGCAGAAGAAGCUGGAAGUGGCUAUGGAAGAGGAAGGCCUUGCAGAUGAGGAGAAAAAGCUGCGCCGGUCACAGCACGCUCGCAAGGAAACCGAGUUCCUGCGGCUCAAGAGGACCAGGCUCGGCUUGGAUGACUUCGAGUCUUUGAAAGUCAUAGGAAGAGGAGCAUUUGGGGAGGUCCGCCUUGUUCAGAAGAAGGAUACAGGUCACAUUUAUGCAAUGAAGAUACUGAGAAAAGCAGAUAUGCUGGAGAAAGAGCAGGUGGCCCAUAUCAGAGCAGAAAGAGAUAUUUUGGUUGAAGCAGAUGGAGCCUGGGUAGUGAAAAUGUUUUACAGCUUUCAGGAUAAAAGGAACCUUUACCUGAUCAUGGAGUUUUUACCUGGAGGUGACAUGAUGACCUUACUGAUGAAGAAGGACACACUGUCAGAGGAGGAGACCCAGUUUUACAUUUCUGAGACAGUGUUGGCCAUCGAUGCCAUUCACCAGUUGGGAUUUAUCCACAGGGACAUCAAGCCAGACAAUCUCCUGCUGGAUGCCAAGGGUCAUGUAAAGCUGUCUGAUUUUGGGCUCUGCACAGGUUUAAAGAAAGCCCACAGAACAGAGUUCUACAGGAACCUCACACACAACCCACCAAGUGACUUCUCAUUUCAGAAUAUGAACUCAAAGAGGAAAGCAGAAACAUGGAAGAAGAACAGGCGACAGCUGGCAUAUUCUACUGUGGGAACCCCAGACUAUAUUGCUCCAGAAGUGUUUAUGCAGACUGGCUACAACAAGCUGUGUGACUGGUGGUCCUUGGGAGUGAUUAUGUAUGAAAUGCUAAUAGGGUAUCCACCUUUCUGCUCAGAAACACCACAAGAGACUUACAGGAAAGUUAUGAACUGGAAAGAAACAUUGGUAUUUCCUCCAGAGGUGCCCAUUUCAGAGAAAGCAAAGGAUUUAAUUCUAAGAUUUUGUAUCGACUCAGAAAACAGAAUUGGUAGCAAUGGAGUAGAGGAAAUAAAAAGUCAUCCAUUUUUUGAAGGAGUAGACUGGGGACAUAUCAGGGAAAGACCAGCUGCAAUCCCUAUAGAAAUCAAAAGCAUUGAUGAUACUUCCAACUUUGAUGAAUUUCCUGAAUCAGACAUUUUACAGCCAGUGCCAAACACGACAGAACCCGACUACAAAUCCAAAGACUGGGUUUUCCUCAAUUACACCUACAAGAGGUUUGAAGGGCUCACCCAGCGUGGCUCCAUCCCUUCCUACAUGAAAGCUGGGAAGUUGUGAAACAGAACACAACCCCCCAAAGGAAAUUGCAAACACAAACCUCAGGUAGCUGCAUCACCAGGCCCGCUUGGCGUUAGUUAUCAACACAUCGACUCUGGUGCGCAUCGAUUUCACAUGGAAAUUCUACAGGAUUAGGAUUUCUAAGACUACUACAGGAAUUAGUUGGCAGUGCCAGCUGGCUUUUUUUUUUUUUUUUUUUUUUUGUCCUUUUUUUUUUUUUUAAUAUUUGAAUAUUUUUGUUAACUUUAUUAUACAAAGGUACUGGAAUAAAAGGAACGUGCAUCGCUUUUCCUGCACUGCCUACGUGUGGAUAACGGUUAAUUAUGCCUCUCUGUACUGUGGCUUUGUUUGUACUGUAAACCAUCUAAUCCACCCAGGAGGGAAACAUAUCAUUUGAUGCAGCAUUGGUGUUGUACUGCUCAGCUGGUGGGGUUUAGAUAUGCAGUAUAAAGAAAACUGUCCACAUUUGCAAACCUCUCUGAGCAAUUGCUCAAGGGUGUUCCAUUUGUGGGCUGCAGAUCCCCCAUGAGUGUAGUACAUGGAAUUAUUUUAAAUAGCAGUGUCCUCUGGGCCUCCUUGUGUCCUGUGUGCCCUCUCUUGCCCCGAGUGCAGGACUUUAUCAGCCCUUUAUCAUCAUCCCUUUUGUCCCUUGUCCCACAGUGUGUGGCAAUGAGGCAGUCCCUGUGAUCUGUUUAGUGGUAUUUCUGCUUUAAAUGAUCAUUGGCAGUAUUGCUGUUAGAGGUGAUGAUGCCUGCUGGCAAUUUCAGAAGCAAAAAGGAAUCUGAAUAAAAAGUAUCAAUAUUUUUAGCAGAAGGGAAACACUCUGAUAGGAAGUUUUGAGGGGAUGGCAGUUUCCAAGACUGUAUUCCUGCCUCUGCUCUAAAGCAGACUACCUUUGAGCUGCUCAUAAUUCAAACAUUCUCUUCCCUCUGUGCAAAAUGUGUCCUAGAGAAGUGAUCAGAUUGGUGCUUUUUCUUUUUUUUCCUCCCUGAGCAGCUGCAGGCAGAAGGGAUCCUGCUUUAACCUCUCCUGAAUCACAGCCUCUGCUCACAUAGAGGAAACUGAGUGUCCCACUAGGUUCAGACUCUCCAGUGAGUUCCUUUUCUCCCAGGAUCUCCACUUGGCUUGGCCAUGGGAUUAGAAGGGAUCAGCUGAAUCUGCAGCCCAAUUUCCAGGGACCACCUAAUUGUUCUUGUGGCCUAUUACAGCGACAUGAGGAGGUCUCCAUGGUGAGAGAAGGAUGAGAAUCUUGUUUCUUGAUCAGAAGGCUGGAUUUAUUGAUAUAUGAUAUAUAAUACCUUAUAACUAUACUAAAAAGAAUAAGGAGAGAAGUUGCAGAGAGCUGCUAAGCUAAGAAUAGAGAGAAAGAAUGAAUAACAAAGUUCUGUCUCCAGGGAAUCUGUCCCCGAGCUUGCUUCUGUGAUUGGCCCCCAAUUGGAAACAUGGAAGAUGAGCCAAUCACAGGUGCAUCCUAUUGCAUUCCACAGCAGCUGAUAACAAUUGUUUACAUUCAUCUUCUGGGCCUUUGCUUCCCAGAAUAUGGACAAAUCUGAAAGAGAGGAUUUCUAUGGAAAAAUGUCUGCAACAGUGGCCAGUCUGCAGGAUGGUGACAACCUGACAGCCAAGCCAGAUGUCCUUUCCCUGGGCAGAGGAAACAGAAGCAGAAAUACCUCCAUGUGCAGGCUCUGUUUUGUUCAUCAGCCCAGCAGCAGUUCAGGACUGAGUUGUACUCCCAGAGCAGUUUGCAAUUAUCUGGUCACUGGUGACUUUCUCUGCCUGUACUUACAGCUUAUCUGCAGGGCUUUGAAUCUGUCACAGUACAGCAGAGAUCUCUGCUGUCAUUUUCUGGUCAAAUGAGAUGUGCAGCACUGAACAAUUCCCCAGUGGCUGAACAAGCAGAGUCACUGUUGCUGUCUCUCUCCUCUGAACCAGUGAAAGGCACCCUAAAACCUCUGCAGCCCCUUCUGAGCGGAGCACACGAUGUUUUGGCAUACAGCAGGAAAGAUUCCACUGGACAGACUUUUGUAGCAAUAUGGAAACUACUGUUAUAAAGCCAUUAGAGAAAUAUUUAUUGCUGUUAGGCACUGUGGUAUCAGCUGUUCUGAGUUAUUUGUAUGCUCUGAAAAACAUACUGGCAUGUUGAUCUGUUGCAUAAGAGCCCAUUUGCCAGCAAGAUUUCUGUGCAUCAGUGCCUGUGAUGGGCAGGUGUUCUUCCCUGAUCCAGCCAGAAUCCCUGAUCCAGCCUUUCCUCCACAGUUUUGUCUCCCUUGAAGCAUCUAAUAUCUGUUAUUUAUACCAAACAGUUUUUUCUGUCUUUAGCUCUUCAAAGAGGAGUAGCCACUGCCUCAGGCCCAUCCAGUAUUAGAGCAAAGCUAAGCUGAGCUUCUGCCUGAAUGCUGGACUGAGGUGGGAACAGCUCCUUGAUCUCUCACGUUUCCCAGACCUUACACUAAUUAACAUCUUGCUGUGGGGCAAGGUCCUUAAAAAUUCUCCAGUGUUGUUCUUAGCCUUGUCAGUGUGUUGAGGCUCAACCUGGGGCCAUCCAAAGGCUGUAGAAAAACAAUAACUCGCUUAAAUCCACCUUUCAGGCAUUGUUCUGCCAGUGCCCCAACAGCUCCUGAGGCUUCUCAGGAAAGGAAAUGCCUUUACUAAGGCCUUGGCUCCAGGGAAACUCAGGCAGGAAAAAUGAUCCUGAGAUGCAAAUUUGGCCUCAAAGGACACUGCUAUUCAAAAUACUUUUCAUUGGUUUUAAUUUCCAGUUUCAUCCAUGGGGCACCGUGUGCGCUGGAAUUGGAAUUCCUGCAGCCACCACCUUUCAGAAGAGCACAGUAACCCCAUUAACAUGACCUACAAAGAAGUCUUUGCUCAAACUUGUUGAGACAAGCUCAGUUUCAUGGAAACUGCAAAUGCUCAGUGAUACUGGUGAUUUUUUUUUUCCUGUGGGGCUUAGGGGAGGGCAGAGAAAUACACAUUUAAUUUAAAGCUAUCUAUUAAACAACUAUGUCUGUACAUACUCACUGGUUUACAAACCUGGGAAAAAGCUCAACCCUUCUACUUGCAACACUAAAAAUAAUACUAAUUUAAAACUGCAGAUGAUUAAUCAUAUCAGUGCUCACAUAGGAGUUAUAUCCAUAAGGAAACAGCCUGCAGCCUAUCUAGCAUAAACUCCUGUAUUGUGGUAGUUUUUAAAUUUUUUUUGUAAACAUAGCAUUAUUUUAAUCAGUAAAUCAAGUUAAACAAUAUUAACUACUGCUUUUAGGAUGAUAGGGUUUUUUUUUAAAGGUGAAACUGUGACACUGUACUGGAUUAAAGAGAACAGCAGGUUAAUCUACACUGGCUUUCAAAAAAAAAAAAGGAACUGCAACAUAUCUUUAAUUUUGUUAUUUCUAUCUGAUUCCUUUGGAUGGUUGUGUGUUUUCCUUUGGCAACGUUUGUCACCGUGCCAUUUAUUUUUCUUAUUCUUGGAGUACCAAAGAUCCUGAAAUGGCUUGAUGAUUGCAACCAUGUGAAAAUUUAUUUUCUGGAAGUAUGUUUUGUUAAACUUUUGUUAAAACGCUAAAUUGUGUAUGCAAAUUGUUAUCAGAGGUUUGCUGGGAUGUUUACCUAUUCCAGCAGGGAAAACUUGAGUGCAUCGAUGGAAGUGGAGAGCCUGAAUCCAAAUUCUGGAUUGGAAUUCCCUGAAAGUGGGGAGGAGGCUUUUAUUGGGAGCUGCAGCUGAGCUUUUGCACUUCGUUCCAUCUCCAAUCAGCGUGAGUGAGUGGCCUUAGGUACAGGACAUCAGCAGAGGUUGUCUCGUGCAAAAGGAGUUAAAAAAAUUGCCAGCAUUCAGAAAUCAAAUCUUGUUGAUGCUGCAUUUGCACUGUUCAAUUUGCCUUGCUGGAGAGUUAUAGAAGUGUUAUUUUUAUAGGUCAAUUGUUCCCCACCUGAGCCGUUGGAGACAGUCUGGGAUAAGGGCACCUGCUGGGGGCAGUUCAGCCAGGGGGCACCAGGAGUGGGCACUGGGAACAGCACACAGCUCUGCUCUCAGCUCCUUCCCCAGGGCUGACAUUCCUCCUGUGCCCAGCAAGCAGGGAAUGCUGCAGUCUAGCCCAGGUAAUGCUUAGGAAGUGCUCUCACUUUCUCAAUAACACAAGCAAUUACAGGCGUUGUAACACACUGAACCUUGUCCUUUACUGUUGGGAUCUCACAGCAGCUCGUUCUUGGAGUCAAAAUGCAACUGCUAUAUUUUUCCUAGACUGUUUCAUUAGUUGUGGUUGGGAAAGUUACAUAGAAGCAUUAUAAAAAUUUAUAUGAGGCUUUUUACAGCAUUUGAAAAUAAAAGUAGCAUUCUUUUUGUAAA